AGGUGCCUGAGAUUAUCAGCACCAUCAGACAUGCAGGGAAGAUCUCUCGUCAAGAAGACUUUCAGAACCAAUCUGAAGAUCCUUUUAGCAAGAAGUUUGAGGUGCUGUUUUGUGGCCGGGUGACGGUCGCGCACAAAAACGCCCCUCCGGCCCUCAUCGAUGAAUGCAUCGAGAAAUUCAACGAUGUGAGUGAUAUCAAAAACCUGGGCGUGUCCCGUCCAAAUGACAGCGCCGAACACUUCCGCGGAUUUUCCAUCAGCGACAAAUUCCGCUCCGUCUUCCAACCUUCAGCGAGCGAAGAGGAGGCCGCUAAACCCAUGAGGAAAUCUUACUCGCAGCCUGGACUCCCUUCUUUUGCGUUGAAAAGGGACUCGCAGACCUGGAGCCUGAAGGGUAACAGCCUGGCCAGGUCCUUGGAUGAAGACGACGCCGUUUCCCUCAACUUAAAAAGUCAAUUUAUCCAGGGACAAAACGUACAGCCGACAGAUAUCGCUGGGAACCGGAUUAUGCUGUUCACG